GAAAUGAAACUAACAGUCAGUGCUACUGAGAGCAGAAAUGGAGCAGCAGGCGGUUAAGCUGGAUCGAGAAACUUUCUCCUGUUCAAUCUGUCUGGAUCUACUGAAGGAUCCAGUGACGACUUCCUGUGGACACAGCUACUGUAUGAACUGUAUUACAAAGUUCUGGGAUGAAGGUGAGAAAAAGGAAAACUACCACUGUCCUCAGUGCAGCACAACCUUCACACAGAAGCCUGACCUGCAGAAAAACACCAUGCUAGCAGCUUUAGUGGAGCAGCUGAAGAAGACUGGACUCCAAGCUGCUCCUGCUGACCACUGUUAUGCUGGACCUGAAGAUGUGGCCUGUGAUUCCUGCACUGGAAGAAAACUGAGAGCCAUCAAGUCCUGUUUAGUCUGUCUGGCCUCUUUCUGUGAGAAACACCUUCAGCCUCAUUUUGAUUCAGUUGCAUUCAAGAAACACAAGCUGGUGGAGCCGUCCAAGAACCUCCAGGAGAACAUCUGCUCUAAGCAUGAUGAGGUGAUGAAGAUGUUCUGUCGCACUGAUCAGAAGUGUAUCUGCUAUCUCUGCCCUGUGGAUGAACAUAAAGGUCAUGAAACAGUGUCAGCUGCAGCAGAAAGGACUGAGAGGCAGAGAGAGCUGGAGGAGAGACGAGGAAACAUCCAGCAGAGAAUCCAGGACCAGGAGAAAGAUGUGAAGCUGCUUCAACAGGAGGUGGAGGCCAUCAAUCGCUCUGCUGAUAAAACAGUGGAGGACAGUGAGAAGAUCUUCACCCAGCUGAUCCGUCUCCUCCAGAAAAGAAGCUCUGAGGUGAAGCAGCAGAUCAGAUCCCAGCAGGAAACUGUAGUGAGUCGAGUCAAAGAUGUUCAGGAGAAGCUGGAGCAGGAGAUCACUGAGCUGAAGAGGAAAGACGCUGAGCUGGAGCAGCUCUCACACACAGAGGAUCACAGCCAGUUUCUCCUCAACUACCCCUCACUGCCAGCACUCAGUGAGUCUACACACUCAUCCAGCAUCAACAUCUGUCCUCUGGGACACUUUGAGGACGUGACAGCAGCUUUGUCAGAGCUCAGAGACAAACUACAGGACGUCCUGAGAGACUCAUGGACAAACAUCUCACUGAUGGUCACUGAGGUGGAUGUUCUACUGUCAGAACCAGAACCAAAGAGCAGAACUGGAUUCUUAAGAUAUUCAUGUGAAAUCACUCUGGAUCCAAACACAGCAAAUACAUGGCUGAGACUAUCAGAGGGUAACAGGAAGGUGACAAAAUUGGAUAAAGAUCAGUCUUAUUCUAGUCAUCCAGACAAAUUUACCCGAUUGUGGCAGGUUCUGAGUAUAGAGAGUCUGACUGGACGUUGUUACUGGGAGGUGGAGUGUAGAAGCUCAGUUUAUGUAGCAGUUGCAUACAAGAGUAUCAGCAGAGCAGGAUGGGGUAUUGAAUGUAAAUUUGGAUAUAAUGAUAAAUCUUGGGCAUUAUAUUGUUCUCAAAACGAUAGCACAUUUGGCCACAACAACAUCUGGACCUCCAUCUCAGGUCCAGUUUCCUCCAGAGUCGGAGUGUACCUGGAUCACAGAGCAGGUAUUCUGUCCUUCUACAGCGUCUCUGAAACCAUGACUCUCCUCCACAGAGUCCAGACCAGAUUCACUGAACCGCUACUGGCUGGAGUUUGGCUUGGAGAAUCUGCUGAGUUCUGUAAACUUUAACUGCGAGAUUCUCACUGC